AUGGAAGAAGAGUUCAACGUACAGAGCGACGACCCUGAAGUGAAGCGAGCUUCCUUCCAAGCCGCCAUCUCGAAGCCACCAGAAGACGAGAAAAAGCUUCCAACCGACGGGCGACAGAGAGACCAGGGCGGCGACACAGAAGAAGAUCGACAAGACGUUGCCGAAUCAGACGAUCAGCGCGAUGAGCGAUCACCGGCAGGACCCGUGCGAGGACGCGACCGACUACAGGGAAAUGAAGACAACACACUCGCGAAGCGCCUGAGCUACUUCUCGAGCUGGCACAGGGCGAAGAAAGCUGUGGCUUCGUGCCGACGCUACACGGCCAUCCUGGCAAGUAAAGCAAGCUCGAACAGAAGUGUGGCCGGCGCAAGAGUCUACACCCCAGUCGAGAGAAUGACAGUGGAUGAGCUGCUUCAAGCUGAGCAAGUGAUUUUGAAGUCAGUCCAGAAGAGCGCCUUCGAAGAAGAGCUCACAGUGCUGAAGACGCAGCAAGAGAACAGAGACGACGAAGAACAUGCAGACCUGGGAGAGGGAACCAAGAAACGCAGAAGAAAGAGUGACAGAAGGUGUCGGACUGUGAAGCGCAGUAGCCCGCUGUACAAGCUGGAUCCCUUCCUCCGAGCUGACGGGCUAAUCUGCGUCGGAGGACGAAUGAAGAACAGCACUCUGCCGAAGGAAGAGGUCCAUCCAGUGAUACUUCCGAGGAAGAGCCACGUGACGGAACUCAUCGUGCGAGAGUGUCACGAAAGGACGUGUCAUGGCGGUCGCGGCUCGACGCUGAACGAGCUCCGCGCCUCUGGGUAUUGGGUGAUUGGUGGCCGUUCCGCAGUGAGCAGUUACAUCUUCGACUGCGUCAAGUGCAAGAGACUCCGCGGAAGUCCGCUGACACAGAAGAUGGCCGACCUGCCACAGGAGAGAACGGAGCCAGCCGAACCCUUCAGCCACUGUGCAGUUGACUGUUUCGGGCCUUUCUACGUGAAAGAGAAAAGAAGUGAGGUCAAGCGCUGGGGAAUACUCUUCAGCUGUCUGGCGUCCCGCUCCAUCCAUCUAGAAUCGGUCAACUCACUCUCUGCCGACUCUUUCCUGAACGCUGUCAGGCGGUUUGCUUGUCGGAGAGGACCCAUUCGCAAGCUGUUCUGUGACAAUGGGACGAAUUUCGUGGGAGGUAAGAACAUGCUGGAGGGGGCGCUGAAGGUGGAGGAUCAUGUCAAGAUUAGAGGAGAGCUGCUCAAGAAGGACUGCGACUGGUUCGAGUUCCGGUUCAACGUUCCGAUGGCAAGUUCCAUGGGAGGGGCUUGGGAGCGUAUGAUCAGGAGCGUGAGGUCGGCGCUGAUUCCGCUGAUCAUGGCUCAUGGCCACACACUGGACGACGAGCUGUUCCGGACGUUGCUGACAGAGUGUGAAGCGAUCGUCAACAGCCGUCCGAUCUCGUACUUCAGCGGAGCGCCGGACGAUACUCUCCUCCCCCCGAGCCCGAACCAGAUACUAACACUAAAGAGUAGAGUAGCCGUGCCUUAUCCCGGUAGCUUCUCCCAGACCGACCUGUACGUGCGUCAGCGCUGGAGGCGUGUCCAGUUUCUGGCGGAACAGUUCUGGCGACGAUGGAGGCGUGAGUUCCUGCCGACCCUGCAGGAACGCCACAAGUGGGUGCAACGUCGCCGUAACCUGCAGCCCGGAGACGUCGUGGCCGUCGUCGACGACGACGAGCCGCGCUCACGGUGGCCGCUCGGCCGCAUCAAGUGUGUGUACCCGAGCGCCGAUGGACUGAUCCGCAAAGUGUGCGUGCGAAUCGGUUCCAGUGACUACGACCGGCCGGUGAAUCGCCUGAUUCUCCUGCUGCACGACCGGGAAGAUUCCCAGACGGGGAGCCACGAGGCCCAGUGA